CUUGUGCAGCCGCAGCUCCAUACUUUCACCACGCUUCAUCAUCUAAUUUUCAGUUCCAUCUUCUGUGACCUGGGAAGACAAAGACCGGUGCAAAGAAGCGAUCUGGGUGAAAUGGAAUCGUCACUCAAUCCAAAGAAACGCCUCAAAGAAGAAUUCGUAAGCAAUUUGAAGGGUUCUUCCAUGCUUGAAAUCGCUGCACUCUCCUCUCUUAUCCCUCUUCUCUUUGUUUUCCAACAUUCCAUCUCCUCCUUUUACACAAAUGGCUGUAAUGUCCGUAUCAAGAAACAUCAUGGCAGCUCUUACAUGGCCAUUUUAACUUUGGAUUUUCUUUUUCUGCUUCUUCCUACUCUCUUCUUUCUCACAGUUCUAGCAGAAUGGAUAUUUAUAUCUGCAAUCUUGCUGGCGGCACUCAUUUUCACCAUUGCAGCUAAAAGGGUUGCAACUUCUACUUGUUAUUCUCAAGGCUCACUUUCUCUCAGUUCAAUAAUUUCCUCAUACAGGGUUCUCGUGAUGGCUGUUACUUGCCUUUGUAUCUUGGCUGUUGAUUUUAGAAUAUAUCCAAGAAGAUAUGCCAAAACUGAGACAUAUGGUACGAGUUUGAUGGAUUGUGGAGUUGGCUCCUUCAUUUUGGCGAAUUCACUAGUUUCAAGACAAGCACGAAGUCUGUCUUUUGUGAGCCUGAAGGCUUCAAUUCAGUCAACUAGUCCACUUUUGCUUUUGGGGUUUGGACGACUUCUAUCAACUAAUACAGUGGAUUAUCAGGUUCAUGUAGGAGAAUAUGGAGUACAUUGGAAUUUCUUUUUCACACUAGCAGCUGUGUCAAUUCUUACCUCGAUAAUUCGAGUUCCUCCACAGUACUCAGGAAUUCUUGGUUUAGCAAUCCUGAUUGGUUAUCAAUUUUGGCUGGUUAAUGGAUUAAAUGUGUAUUUGCUUUCUGAUGAAAGGGGAGCAGAUAUCUUAAGCAAAAAUAAGGAGGGGAUUUUUAGCAUACUUGGAUAUUGGAGCAUGUACCUUCUUGGUGUCCAGUUUGGUUACUAUCUAUUUUUCGGGAAUCAGUCCUCUACUAAAAUGAAAAGCAUUAAGUGGGCAAGGAUCAGAGUCUUAUUCUUUUCACUACUGUUGUGGUUGAUAACUGUGAUUCUGGACAGACAUGUUGAAAGUGUUUCCCGUAGGAUGUGCAACAUGGCUUACGUUACCCUGGUGCUGGCUCAAAGCUUUCAGGUUUUGGCCAUACUAAUGCUCUCUGAUUUCAUUGCUGGAAGUAGAAUGUCAUUGCUUGAAGAAGCCGUUAAUCGGAAUUUACUAGGCACAUUUCUUCUGGCAAACGUGCUUACAGGUCUGGUAAACAUGUCUGUGGAUACUCUGUUUUCUACGACACCAUCGGCCCUAUUUAUUCUACUUGUUUAUGCUUAUGUUUUAUCAAUUUCUGCCGGAUUAUUGCAGUUUUAUGGUGUUAGGCUAAAAUUUUGGUAGUGGGUACAAAAUUGUCAAUGUUGAUGUAAUCAUUUUAGACGUUUAGUUGUUCUUGUUGUUAUUAAUAUAUAUGUUGCUCUUUA